AUGCAAAGAGCUUUAAGAAGAGGUCUUGCUCUUCAAAGACACCAUUUUUCUAUUGUUCAGGAAAAUCAGAUCAUUCGUAGACAGCAUUCCAAAGUACAAGCAACAGCAGCAACAGCAACAGCGACACCCUCUAGAUCGACACCUUUCGAAAUUUUUAAUACUGGCAAACAUAGAAAUUCUGACAUGCUCUCCAAUCGACUGCAUAUACAAGAAUUAUUAGAGAAGAUUACUGAAAAGACCAACAACCUGCCACCACCUAUAUUUACUGAGAAAUGUUGCGAGUUUUACAAGCAAUUAGAUAAGAAUGGCAAAUUGGAGUUUUUUGAUGUGCUUUCCAAGGAAUUUGACGUUGAUCGAGAGAAUUCAUUAAAGCAAGCAAGAGAAUACAUUAAUGCAAAAAGCAAGAGCGAUGCUACUCAGAUAGAAAAGAAUUUGCAAUACUUUUUAGAGCCCAAAUACAACAUAUUCCUAGACAGAAUUCAUCAAUUACCUAACGGGCUCAAGUUUCUGGCAGAUAUGAGAGCCGAUUUACUCGAUUUGAUGGGACCAAGAGGGAGCGCCACAUACAACGAAUACAUCAGUCUAGAACAAGAUAUUCGGCUUAAGCUUAAGAAAUAUGUCAUUGGAUUUCUCAAGUUGGAAAGGAUUACAUGGGAAAAUAGCUCAGCUGCAUUGCUUGAAAAGAUUUGCUCAUAUGAAGCAGUGCAUCAAGUCAAGGAUUGGAAGGAUAUCAAGAGACGCUUAGAGCCGGAUCGUCGAGUGUAUGCGUUUUUCGAGAAUAAUAUACCCAACGAACCGCUUGUAUUCGUACAUGUUGCUCUUUUGCCAUCACUGGCGAACUCUGUCCAAGCCAUCCUGGAAGCACCGAGUCCAACAAGGCAAGAUUUGCAUCCUAACAACUUUGAGUAUGCUAUAUGCUACUCAAUCACAACACAGCAAGGAUUAGGUGGCAUCAAUUUAGGCAAUUACCUGAUCAAGCAAGCAGUGGAUGAUUUGCAAAGGCACUUUCCAAUGCUCAAAGUGUUUGCUACAUUAAGCCCAAUGCCAGGAUAUAGACAAUGGCUGACGAGUCAUGUAGACAAUGAUCCUACCAUUCAAGCAGAGUUGGAGCAUAUAUUAGACUGGAAGAAAAAACUGAGUAGAUUCAACAGUAAAGACCAAGAAGAACUGAAAGAUCCCUUGAUGCGCUUAUGCUCGAGAUACAUAUUAUCGGAGAAGCGUGUAGGCAACAAUGCCCUAGAUCCAGUAGCCAACUUCCAUUUGAGAAACGGUGCUUGUGCGCACCAAAUCCAUUGGCUGGCCGAUACAUCCGAGAAGGGCAUUCGAGAUUCAUUUGGCAUCAUGAUCAACUACAAUUACAUUACUGACAGACUAGAGAGCAAUCAUCGCUUGUAUCAAAAGAACGGUACUAUUUCUAUAAGUGAGCCAAGUUCAGUAUCAGCGGGCGAAGAGAGUUGGCUAUCUCAAUGGAUUGCCCGAAAGCAUCAAUAA